CUGGACGAAAGCAAGAAUACGGGCUUCAGGAAAUCCGUCAAAUUUUUAGCGAGACGUUUCGACCGGGAAAGAAGCUGAUGUUUGAUGAUUAUGGAUGUGCGAGCUGGGAUGACCUUGUUUUCAACUUCAGCGAUAUUUUCCAGGUUCUUGUGCAGCCGAAUGGAAACUGGAGUGUGCGCAUUAAGCCAGCCCAGCCUAUCCCCGUGGAUAGCCCGCCUGCUUCUACCGGUCCGUCAUCUUCGGCAUCCGACGCAGCAGCCAAUACUAAGCUAACCAAGAAUCAGCGUCGUGCCCAACGAAAACUGGAAAAAAAGGCUGCGGAGGUGGCUGCUGCUGCCAAAACGGAUGCUGCACCGGAAGAUGACAGCACGGGUGUUAGUGACCAGGAAGCGUCGGCUUCGACGGCAUCCAACGUCAAACUCACACACAAACAGGCAAACAAGCUUCGUCAACAACAGUAUUUGGAAAGAAAACGAGCUAUGGAAGCUGCUACCAAGGAGGGGAAGACGGAAGACGCUGGCACACGUGCCAAUGAUCAGAAAGCGUCGACUUCGACGGCAUCCGACACAGCAGCCGCCAAACUAGCUAAGAAAGAGCGUCGUCGCCAGCGAAAACUGGAGAAAAAAGCGGCGAAGGCCUCUGCUGCCGAAAAGGAAGCUGUAUCGGAAGACGCCAGUCCGGUUGUCAGUGACCGAGAAGCGUCGACGGCGGAAGUGCCUGUUGCUGUUCCGGCUCGUCCAGUGGUCGUCUCCACGCGGUUGGCUAUGAAUUUUGGAUAGAUCAUACAUCCGGUAUCGCAUAAUUAUGGUUAUUAUGUAUUUGUAUCCCUCUUUAUUGCAGUUAUCAUAUUUUGGUGGAUUUGAACUGAUUAAUUUUUUUCAUAAUUUUCCAUGAACUUUUAGGCUCUCUUUCUUCUACGUGAAAGUGGCAGUAUCUGACACUAAUUAUAGUACCAUCCACUGUACCAGCCCUUUUUUAAUGUUUUAUGGUUGUAGAUUGUAAUGGUUUUAUUGGGAAGGGUCUUCCGUAAUAAUUGUCACGCAUUUUUUUCGGCUAGUAAUUGUGCUUCCUCCAUGGUUUUUUUUUGUGGUUGUAUUGUUUCUGUAGUAUUCUAUUAAAUCGAUGCAUAAUUUGUUAUGCCAUUGUCGGCCAGUUGAAAUGUCUACGCCAUGUACUGCUUA